AUGCCUGUGACGAUGCGCAGUCAACCUCAUCGGCCUCCUCGCCAUGAAGAGCCCGCUCAACCCGUCUUUCGUUUCUUGGGCCUACCGGCCGAGCCCAGAGUCAUGAUUUACGAGUACGCUCUACAGCCUGGGAAAGUGUUACGACGAGCACUUCUCUGUGACCGAGUCCCAGGAAUGUUACUCCGUGACCGACUCCCAGGGAUAUUAAAAGUCUGCCGGCUCAUCUACAAAGAGGCUUUAGAUGUUUUCUACAAGGUCAACGUUAUUAGCGUUUAUCUCACAGAAACCCAGCAGUUCCGUUCGAACCCAACAUGGCUUAAGAAUGUUCGCCAUAUGAAGUUAUUCGUCUACGCACCCAAAAAACAAUUCAGUUUUGCUGGACACAAAGUUGUCGAGUCCUUUGUUGCUCGGGUGUUCAUUUCUGGCGCACAGAUUCACACCCUGGACCUCUUUUUCAUCGACCACACAAUCUCCAACUACUCCGUUCUGGCCGGCUUAUAUAGCCGCGCUCUUAAACCUCUUGACGUCCUUGGCAACAUUAGGGUGGUAUAUCAUGUAGCGACAAAUCAGAUAACAACGAGAGCCGUAAGCUUCGGGAUGAAUGCGUUGAAGAAUAUUGCGGCUAAUCCGGCGAAUGUCUCAAUUGCUCUAGUUAGCUAUGACAACCUUCCCAGAUGGCAUUGGCAUAAAGUCCCUAGCGUCAUGAAUUCUACGAGCAAGCCUUGGUCAGAGGUCUUGAUUGAAGCGGGCUUUGUGGUUUUGCCACAUAGGUUCCCGAAAUAG